CAACGCCCUACCUACCUCUCCGCGUUCCGCUGCGAAGCUUGCAAGCUAUACAACAGAACUCCCCGCCUCGCCGCACAUCUGCCUCUGCACACCAUGGCCGGCUUCGACUUCUCCAACCACAACCGCAAUGCCGCCCUCCACGCCCAGGGCGUGCCGCUACCCAAGGCCACGAGCACCGGAACGACCAUUGUGGGAUGUCUCUUCGACGGCGGCGUCGUCAUCGCAGCAGACACACGAGCAACCAGCGGGCCCAUAGUAGCAGACAAGAACUGCGAGAAGCUGCACUACAUCGCGCCCCAGAUCUGGUGUGCCGGAGCCGGUACCGCCGCCGACACCGAAUUCACCACCGCCAUCAUCUCCUCCAAUCUCGAGCUGCACGCCCUGUCCACCGGCCGCAAGCCGCGCGUGGUGACCUGCAUGACGAUGCUGAAGCAGCACCUCUUCCGCUACCAAGGCCACAUCGGCGCGUACCUCGUCGUUGCCGGCGUCGACCCCACUGGCGCCCACCUCUUCACCGUGCACGCCCACGGCUCGACCGACAAGCUACCCUACGUGACCAUGGGCUCCGGCUCGCUGGCAGCCAUGUCCGUCUUCGAGACGCAGUGGCAGCGGAAUUUGACCAAGGCCCAGGCGGUGAAGUUGUGCGCGGACGCCAUCCAGGCCGGUAUCUGGAACGACUUGGGCUCUGGUAGCAAUGUGGAUGUGGCCGUCAUCACAGGGGACAAGACGACCCUGAUGCGGAACUACAUCACUCCCAAUGUGCGGCAGCCCAAGCAGCGGAACUACAGGUUCCAACCCGGCACGACCGCGGUGCUUAACGAAAAGGUCAUCACAAGGGAGGAGAUCAGCAAGUAUGUUACCGUGCAUGAGCUGGAGGAUGACAACGUCACCGCUACGGCAGAGACGAUGGAUGUAGAUUCAUAGGGUCGGGGAGCCCGAGGAGAGCGGUGAGAGUGAGAUGAACUCCAGAUGAACUCCAGAUCAACGCCUUGCACGCCGGCAUUUGGGCAAAGGACAUGUAUUAUAGUCCGGAUUUAGACAUCUAUGGCAGCCGGAUAGGGGCAAACACGGUCAUCAAGACAGAAGUUUUCGAUCUACAUACAAGGCGUAGUCGAUCGUGAUAUUGCUCCGCCCUAAUCAGACAAGGUGAUAGAAAUCUUGGAAGUUUU